AUGAAAAUCAAAGCUCUUUCUCGCUCCACUGCCUCGCAGCAGGCUCCGGGAUCAGCUGUCGUUCGACAGCCCCGAAACCUUGACCCGGCGCAACAUCCAUUCGAACGUGCUCGAGAAUAUACCCGAGCUCUCAAUGCCACCAAGCUUGAACGUCUUUUCGCCGCGCCUUUCUUGGCUCAGAUUGGCGAUGGCCACGUGGACGGUGUAUACUCGAUGGCCAAAGACCCAGCUCGUUGGAACGGCGAGGUUUGGAACACGCAGGCCCAUGAGAAUAUUGUCAAGGAUGUGUGCUGGACUCCGGAUCGGAAGUUGCUUUCUUGCGCGACCGACAAGACUGUCAAGUUGUUUGAUCCAUACAACUCGACGUCCGAUGCUCCACCUCUCGCGACUUAUCUGGGCCAGGGUGCUUUCACCAGUCUGUCCCACCAUAGACAUCUUCCAUCCUUUGCUGCGUCGUCAUCGUCUCAGAUCCAAAUCUACGAUCUCUCUCGGCCUUCAUCUACGGCCUCCCAGACCCUCAACUGGCCUACCAGUAUCGACACCAUCACAUCGAUUGCCUUCAACCAGACGGAGACGUCGAUCUUGGCAUCGACCGGCAUCGACCGUUCUGUCAUCAUGUAUGAUCUCCGAACUUCGUCACCGCUCCACAAGCUUGUCCUACGACUUGCGUCGAACGCCAUCACAUGGAACCCCAUGGAGGCAUUCAAUUUCGCGGUUGCCAACGAAGACCACAACGCCUACAUAUUCGAUAUGAGGAAGAUGGAUCGCGCAUUGAACGUGCUGAAGGACCAUGUGGCGGCGGUCAUGGAUGUUGAAUUCAGUCCGACGGGUGAAGAGUUGGUGACGGCUUCAUACGACAGGACGAUCCGUGUGUGGAACAGAACCCAAGGUCACUCGCGUGAUAUUUACCACACGAAGAGAAUGCAACGUGUCUUCUCCGUUAAGUUCACACCCGACAACAAAUACAUUCUGUCCGGGUCGGACGACGGCAAUAUUCGACUCUGGCGUGCCAAUGCCUCCGAUCGCAGCGGUAUCAAGAGCGCCCGUCAACGGGCCAAGCUAGAGUACGAUCAGGCUUUGAUUCAAAGAUACUCACACAUGCCCCAGAUCAGAAGAAUCAAGCGCCAGCGUCACGUGCCAAUGCCUAUCAAGAAGGCCGGCGAGAUCAAGAGAGAGGAACUCAAUGCGAUCAAGAGACGCCAGGAGAACAUUCGGAAGCACACCAGAAAGGACAAGCUGAAACCAAGACAGAGCGAGCGCCAGAAGAUGAUCUUGACCUCGGAGCAGUAG